AUGAGGGUAAAGGGAAAUAUUAGAGUUCAGUGGGUUACCAUCCUUGUGGAUAUAGUUUCAACUUAUAAUUUUUUGGACCCAACAAUAGUUAAUAAGCUCCAAUUACUCUUAGAUUACGCUGAGAAGGUUAAAGUGAGGGAGUUUAUUAGUGGAGAAAUGAUUCCUAGUGAGAGGAAGUGCAAUGGGGUUAGGGUUAAAAUUCAAGGAAUUACAUUUAGAGUUGAGUUUUGUUAUAAUGGUAAAGCAGUGGAAAUGCAGGAGUUGGCAGCGUUUCAAAUGUUUGAAGAAGGUUCUAUUAACAAAUUCAAGAAGCUGGAAAAGAAAAUGGAUAGGGCUUGGAUGCAUAUUGAAGAUAGGAUGCGUUCCAACGAAUAUGCUGAGGGCGUAAAAAAAUUCAUAGAUAUGGCGAAGGCCCACGCACCGGGGAGAGACUGCAUUAGGUGUCCAUGUAGGCGAUGCCGAAAUCGAUCUUUCCAUCCUAUCUCUAUGGUUGAGGAUCAUUUGUUCAUUGUCGGGAUAGAUACAUCUUAUACGGAAUGGAUAUUCCAUGGCGAGGAGGAAACUUUGCAAUACACCACAUCGUCGGAUGAGGAGGGUAUUGAUGACUAUUCCUACAAUGACUACAUUGAUGAUGUCGACGAGAUGUUAGAUGACAUCCGUGUUGGAUCCUUCAUGGACAAUUCCUCUAGUCCAGAAGGUGAUGCAGACCGAGUUCCCCAAGGACACACCGCUCAUACUCCAAUACCCCCUAACUUCGAUGAGUUGCUAGAUGAUGCCAAAAUGCCACUCUAUCCAAAUUGUUCUAAGUUCUCAAAGCUAUCAUUCAUAGUCAAGUUGCUUCAUAUAAAGACUGUUGGUGGUUGGACUGUGAAGUCGUUUGACAUGGUUAUCAAGCUGUUGCAAGCUGCAUUUCCUCAAGCACAUUUCCCUGCCUCAUAUAACGAGGCUCGCCAAUUACAACGUGGUUUGAGAUUUAGUUACAAAAAGAUACAUGUAUGUCCAAAUGAUUGUGCCUUAUUUUGGAAAGAGAAUGCUGAGAAGGAUGAGUGCCCUAAAUGUAAUGCAUCUAGGUGGGCCUCAAGCACAUCUACCCAACAUAGGUUACCCAAAAAAGUCCUCCGAUAUUUCCCUUUGAAGCCGCGGUUGCAACGAUUGUUUGUGUCAAAGAAGACUGCCCAAGUCAUGAGGUGGCAUAAAACAGAGCGUGUUGAUGAUACCACCCACAUGAGACAUCCGGCAGAUUCACAGGUCUGGAAAGACUUUGAUAGGAAGCAUGCCUCAUUUGCUGAAGAUCCUCGUAAUGUCAGACUUGGUUUAGCAAGUGAUGGGUUCAACCCAUUCAAUAAUAUGAGCAAGCCGUAUAGUAUUUGGCCGGUGCUACUUGUGCCUUACAACUUGCCUCCUUGGUUAUGCAUGAAGGAUCCGUACUUGAUGAUGUCUUUGUUAAUCCCUGGACCAAAGGCACCGGGAAAUGAUAUUGACGUGUUCAUGCGUCCACUAAUAGAUGAGUUGAUAGAAUUAUGGGAAGAGGGAGUUCGUACAUAUGAUGCAUACAAACGAGAAUUCUUUGUGUUGAGGGCGGCAUUGCUCUGGACUAUUAAUGACUUCCCUGCAUAUGCUAAUCUCUCCGGCUGGAGCACGAAGGGUAAGAUGGCAUGCCCUACUUGUAAUGCUGAAACAGAUUCAUUGUGGUUGGUUCAUGGCCGAAAACACUGUUAUAUGGGCCAUCGUCGUUGGUUGGAGGUAGAUCAUAGUUGGAGACGGAAAAAAAGUGCUUUUAAUGGUAAGGAGGAAAACCGUCUCCAACCUAAAUUGAUCACAGGACAUGCUUUAUUGGAACAAUUAAAUGAGGUCUCAGAUGUGCAGUUUGGUAAAUCUAUUUCAAAGAAGAGGAAACGUUUGCCCAAUGAACUUAAUUGGACAAAAAGAAGUAUCUUCUUUUUGCUUCCAUACUGGUUAGACUUGGGAUUAAGACAUAACUUGGACGUAAUGCACAUUGAGAAAAACAUUUGUGAUAAUGUGUUGGGAACUUUGAUGGAUAUUGAGGGCAAAAGUAAGGACACUGCCAAUGCGCGUAGGGAUUUGGAACAUCUUGGACUAAGGAAAGAGUUACAUCUACAACAUGAUGGUGAUCGUACUUCUAUGCAGUGUGCAUGUUACGUGUUAAAUGCAACUGAGCGAAGGAGUCUUUGUGCUCGGUUGGCAGACGUCAAAUUCCCUGACGGUUUUGCCUCAAAUAUUGCCCGGUGUGUCAACGUUAGUGACGGGAAAAUAAUGGGAAUGAAGAGCCAUGAUUGUCAUAUAUUCAUGCAAUACUUGUUGCCGGUUGUAAUUGGUGGGUUCCUACCUGCUAAUGUGCGUCGAGCCCUAAUAGAGUUGUGCUUGUUUUUCAAAGAAUUAUGUUCUCGAACACUAGAUAAAACAGUGUUGGAACGGCUUCAGCUUAAUAUCCCCAUCAUUCUCUGCAAACUGGAAAUGAUAUUCCCACCUGCAUUUUUCGAUAUCAUGGUGCACCUUGCUAUUCAUCUACCGGAUGAAGCGUUGCUAGCAGGACCUGUUCAGUACAAGUGGAUGUACCCCUUUGAGAGGUAUAUGGGUAAGUUCAAGAGGUACGUUCGCAAUAGAGCUCGUCCAGAAGGAUCCAUUGCUGAAGCAUAUGUUCACGUAGAGUGCUUGACAUUUUGCUCUAUGUACCUUAAUGAUAUCGAGACUAGACAUAACCGAGAGGAAAGGAACAUUGAUGUUGGUUUAUGCUCCCAACAGCCAAGUUUAUCUGUUUUCUCCCAAAAGGUUCGCCCAUUAGGUGGGGCAAAAAUAUCUGUAUUGCCUGAUACCGUGUUGUCCAAGGCUGAGUGGUACGUGCUUAAUAAUUGCCCGGAGAUUGAGCACUAUAUAGAGUAA